UCAUUUUUUUCAUCCUCUUCUCUCGUCUCGCGAUAGAGCGGCGGAGCGGUUUGACGGGCAGUCGAGGUUGCAGCAGGCAGAGGGAGACGGUGGAAGGUAAAGCAGGGAGGCAGCAUCAUGGCGGACAGAGACAGUGGCAGUGACCACGGAGGGCCCACCGCAGGCCCCGGCUCGCUGCCCCCGGGUGCGAUGGGUGCCAUGUCCCGCCUGCAGCACGACACCGAGGAGCUCGCCUCCAAGCGCAUCGACAUCCAGAACAAGCGCUUCUAUCUUGACGUGAAGCAGAAUGUUAAAGGCCGCUUCCUAAAGAUAGCCGAGGUCGGGGCCGGGGGAAACAAGAGCCGCCUCACUCUCUCCAUGUCUGUCGCCGUGGAGUUCCGCGAUUAUCUCGGGGACUUUAUCGAACAUUACGCCCAGCUGGGCCCGACAAACCCGGACAUUGUGCAGGAUGAGCCCAGGCGGGCGCUAAAGAGCGAAUUCCUGGUGCGGGAGAAUCGGAAAUAUUACAUGGAUCUGAAAGAGAACCAGAGGGGGCGGUUCCUGAGGAUCCGACAGACCGUUAAUCGGGGGCCCGGACUGGGAAGCGCGCAAGGCCAGACCAUCGCUCUGCCAGCACAGGGUCUCAUCGAGUUCCGUGACGCUCUGGCCAAACUCAUCGACGACUACGGCGUGGACGAGGAGCCGGCGGAGCUCCCGGAGGGCACCUCGCUUACAGUCGACAACAAGCGCUUCUUCUUUGACGUGGGCUCCAAUAAGUACGGGGUCUUCAUGCGGGUUAGCGAGGUGAAGCCCACGUACCGGAACUCCAUUACGGUUCCCUGCAAAGUGUGGUCCAAAUUCGGUAACACCUUCUGUAAAUACGCGGAGGAGAUGAGGAAGAUCCAGGAGAGGAGUAGAGAGAAGCGGGCCUCCGAACUGCUACCUGAGGGCCCGCACGGCGGAGAUGACGGCGACGAUGACUGACGCGGAUUUUAGAAACAACCAAGACAAAACUGAACUGUGAGAGAAAAACGAGACUUUUACCUGUAAAAUAGAAAGAUAAUUUCCAAGGGAAUCACCCCACACACACAACCUCCACAGACAUGGCAGCACCUCUGCUGUCUCCUCGCUCAUUUUACUGGAUGUCACCCCACUUACCACCCAUGUAACAGUAAGCCGCUGCUAUCAAGGAUUGAACUGUAAGAUAUGAACUGUUUCCUACUUGAUUUAAAUGACAAUGAACAGAGUGUUUAUAUCUCUAUUAUUGACAGAUUUUGCACACAUCAAAGCUAUUUCAAAAACAUGAUGUUUAAAUGUUUUCAAACUGGUAAUAUACUAAGAUUUAAUCAAAGUUAAACCAGAUCUCUAUUAUAUAAAACGAGUCUUCAUGUAGAAUGAUUAUUUGACAUCAGCACAAGGAGAAUAUAACCUAUGAUGGACUUUAUGAAACCAAAAUCUGAUACCAGAAGUGUAGUUUACUUAAAGGUACGCAGAAUAAAUAUGAAAGCACUCAUAAAGUGUGUGAAUCUGCAGGAUGCAGCACUGCAGGCCUGUAAACACCUGUCAGCAUGCUGUAGGCUCAUGUUUCGAGAAAAAAGGAAAAAAAAGUUGGCAAAAAAAGUAGAUUAUAGUCUUUAAUUUGACCUAGACUAUGGCCAGCUAAUGACAGCAUUUCUAUCAUGCCAUUAACGGGAAGGUUGAGACACCAAACUAAAUCGCCUACUUUGACUUUGUGCACCUCAAACAAAUGGGAUAAAUCAAUUUCUGAGCUAUUCUAAUGAAUAUCAGCCCUUUGCACCAUGUCCGUGUAAACUUAAAUGAAAAAAGUGCUAACUUAGGUGUACUAAUUAUGAUUUUGUGAAUCAGCUGUAAAGAAAACAACAACAACAACAAAAAAAAAAAAACAAACAAAAAUACUCCUUAUUAAGAUACCCACGUUUUCUGUGGGUUAAGUUUUUUCUUUGUUACUUUGAUGUUUUGUUUGUUUUUUGGUUUUUUCCUCUGGGGGUGGGGGGAUGCAAAAGCAUAAGGUCCAUAAGUGUGAGGCGCAAGGCGCAGAAACAAACAAAAAGAAGACGCGUCAGCGCAGCGCGCGGCGAGGCAACGCAUUCUCUCUGACGUCAUUACGACCCGUGCCUUAUACACUCCACUCGUUUACGUGUUCUCACGUGGAUGGUCUGUGACCUCGACCGCUGUACGUUUUCAUUUACGAGUGAUGUUAUGUAGGCAGAUAUUUACUCACCGGGGCUGUGUAUGUGUGUGUGUGUGUGUGUGUGUGCGCGUGUGUGUGUGUGUGUGUGUGUUGGGGAGGGGAGGUUCCACAGUCCCACAGUGCAUGGAGCAUGCGUGGCAACACCAAAAGUAAACUGAAAGGCUGUUAGGCGCUUGAGGGGCCAGUUGUGAUAAUGGGAGGGGUUGGGGGGGCUCCCCGCUCCCCAUGUUAUUGCAGCCUGGGACUCAGAAUCCCAAGCAGCGCCCCUGGCUCCAUGCCCCCUUGCAGAGUAGAGAUGUGUGGCUCUCUCCGGCACUGUCUGAAGCUUGGAAAUGAAACUGGAGACGUUAGCGGUGGCUUUGCACACCAUAUGCACCUUGACGUUAGGAAAAAUAAAAACAGAAAAAAAAGAAAAAAGCUAAAUCAAUUGCGGCUGAAUGAAGCUGUUUGUCAAAGCUGAGAUGAAUGAUCUUACGGAACCAGGCCGCCAAGCAGCCAGCCAGGCAGACCAGCCUAUAUCAGUGCAGGGCCCAGGCAGGAUCUAUCUUUUCAUGGUGCUAAAGCCCCUCUAUCACUCUUUGGGGGGGCCUCGCCGCUCGAAAUAUGUCACUUUUGCAUUACUGUUACUCCGAUUGCUCUUUUUUGUUCUUCAGAGUUCGUUCCUCCACAUUAUGUUGUCCAAAACGUGUCAGGUUUCUCCUUCCCUUCAGGAGAUGAAGCCACUGACUGGUGUAGGAUAUUUCAUAUUAGUGUGCAAUAUUGUGUACGUGCCAAUGGUGGCAUUGUAUUGCGUGUACAGACUAUUAAAAGAGGAAAAAAAUAUGUACAGGCUAACGUGAUCAGUAAAUGUUUGAAAGCAUGACAAUGAGGUUACUAAAUCUUUUUUUUUCCAAAUGUGAAGACUGUUCAAAUCAGAAGCAGUAAAACUGGUUGUGAGGUAUUUUUCCAGUCGCAUUCUGUGAACCAGUAGUCUGCCUUUACUGUCUUUCAGUAACCAUUGAGUAGUUUGGGUGUUUUACAUCCACACAGAUGGGAUAGCCCCAGAGAAAACCCUUUCCCCUCCUCAUUCUUCUCCAAACACACAACGCAGACAACGUCUGUCUCCAUGUCAGCCCCUCUACAGUGGUCUAUGCUGAACUUCAAUAGUUUCCUGGAGGCUUGGGUCCAGGGGUGGCAGACACACACAUACAGUCUCCCCCUGUUGAGGCCUCUUGUUGCUAUCUGAGUGUUUGGAAGGCCUCUAAAGUAUUUUGAAUGGUGUCUAGAAGCGCACAAGGCCUCCUGUCAUUACAAGCCAGGAAACUGUGUGUUUGGAGGCUGGGUGCGACCCCUCUCCCGCCUGGGACUGCCAAUGGCAGGACAGGUGAACUACAAUUUGACUUAGGCUUUUUUUUUUUUUUUUUGUGCUUUCACUUGAGGCGAUACUGAUCAGCCGCAGCAAAAACCCAAAGAACUGAAGAAUUUAGUUGUUUUUACAAUGAGGAACCCGAUCCCUCUGUCUGAUGUGCUUCUCUUUCCCAGCCCAGACUUCAGAGCAUAAAAAAGAUGUCUCUUUGUGCGCUAAAGUUGUUCAAAUAUUCCAAUUUAGGACCAUUCAUUUAGUUUAAUCAGGUUUAUUUGAAGGUAACACGACUGAGCCUGAUUGCAGGCCUUGUGACGUCCAGACUGAGGACGUUUGAGGCCUCAGAGGAAGAAGAUAAUGUGGGAAAGGUGAGGCACACCUGGGCUACAGGGGCAUGUAGGAGGUCCCACUAAAUCUUCACUUUAAAAAAGUGAAUUUGUGUUAGUCAUGCUUGUGGCAAUGCAGCCAAGAAAAAUGUUCCAGAAAAAUCCCAUCUGCUCCAUGCAGGACUUUUUUUUGGCUCAUGUUUGUCUCAGAGGGAGGCGGUGAAAGGCCCAACGAAGCCUGGCAGUGCACUGUAGGGGGCUUACCAGCAGCAGCCUAACGGGACCCUCUGAGUCGGCAGAUCCAGUCAGGAGUUUCCUCUCUGUUCUGAAGAACAAGAAAACUCUUAUAGAAAGAGCUGUAUUUUCUCACACUGCCCUGUUAAUUAUAAAAAGCCCAUAUCCAGUGAACAAACACACCUAUGACUAUGUGCCCAGCAAAGCACAUCUGAGGUCAGUCUGAGUUCAACACGAGUCAGGACUCUCUGUUGUGAUACAGAACUUACUUCCCAAAGUAUUCUCGCUUUAGCUUGAUUAAAUUUAGGCCUCAAAGAGGCUCAUGCAACACAGUCUCAAACCACACUUCUUUUCUCUAAUAGCCAAAUAUAAGGAGAGCCUGAACCUGCUCAUAGUUCACUUUGUGAAUGCCUCAUUCUUUAAAAUGCACUUUUAUAUAUAUAAAAAAAAAAAAGACUAAAAGAUGUUUUAUUACAGCCUGUAAUCAUCAGUGCUGUUUUAGAGCAGAAUGAUCCUUUUUCUUUUUUUCUGUGUUGGGUCAUAGCUCCUGUCUAAGUUAAAAGGAUCCGGCUGAAAAAAAAGGGUGAUCAAAUGAUUUCUCACUUUAUAUGAAACCCGGCGUGAACUUGCAGCCAUGUUGUGCCCACAUUUUACACGGUCAAUUAUUUUUGGGACUCAAAAUGGUAGGCAGAUGUUUUACGAUGUCCGAUUGUCUGUCAGGGGUCAGGCUGUGUGCCGUCUGCAGCAGCUCUGCCUAACUUGAGCGGACGCGACUGGUGAUGCACUGAAUUGGAUGUUUUGGUUAAUUAUACAGCGGGAGCCAUCAUGGCAAUCCAUAAUCAUGACGUUGUCCUGCCUUAUGUCUGAUAAAACUCCAGUGUUUAUUUGUCUAAUUGCAUUUGAGGAGCUUCUGUUUUGUUGCACAAAUUACAGGUAAAAGAAAAAAAAACACCAUUCCUUAAAUGUGUGAAAUGAUAAGAGAGAAAUCCUUUUUAUCGAUAUAUAACCCAAAGGCUCAGAUUGCUACAAUGGGUCCAGCUGUAAGUGCUCCAUCUGCUUGCUCCUCGUCUUUACUGCAGCCACAUGUACAUGACAAGCUUCCAUGAACAAACAUGGGUGGUGGUUGCCCGCCUCCACGAAAAAGUACCCACUGAAAGCAGACUUAACUUCCAUAAAAGUGUUCCAGAUAGCCAAAUGUGCUCUGCUCCAGGUUUCAGUGUUGUCUUUCACUGGCCAUUUCGAAGUUCCUGGUUAAUCACGCAGCCAAUCGCAGCCUCUGUUCAAAGCCAAGCACUAUAUGACUCAUCACAAACCACUGACAGAGGAGCUCAGUUAGCACGUCUUCUGUUUGUACCGAGCUGUAGGGUCCAUCAUGUUCGUAGACUGUAUAGGCUACUGUUGUGUAUACUUAUAAAGACGUUCUCUCAAAAAUUGUUCAGAAGAUGUCGGGAAACAGAUCCUGGAUUUUAAGGGGUGAGGGUCAAUGCACAAUGAACAUAUCCCAUGUCACCGUUUGGUCUAGAUCCCUUUACCAUCCCCAUAUGAGAUAAUAUGUUGUAUCUUUCAAAAAUAUUUUAUCUGUGGCGUGUGUGUGCGUGUGUAUGUGUGUGUAUGUGUAUAUAAAUAUAUAUAUAUGGUUUGUUAUAUAUGAUGCUCCUCCUUUCAGAAAAAUAUAACAUGUAAACAGGAAAAACAUAUUGCUGUUUUUUUUCCUUUGUAUUUUAUACUUACAGAAAGCAUUGAAUAAAAAUGGAUACUUGCACUUUAGAUAUAUUAAGAAAAAUAAAAAUCUGCAUAUUAUUUUUGAUAGGGAUCUCACAUUUAAAGAGUAUAAAUUACAGGCUUUGUGACUAUUGCUGGACAGAGAUGUAUUGAGUUCUACUUAUUGAAGUAUAUUUUGUCUGUGUGUCAGAAGGUUUACUAAAGUAAAUUGCAUGAUAAAGUAGUGCUACACAGAUAUUGUUCUUUUUUUCCUUUUUUUAGUUGGUAAAAUGUCUGAAAACUGUGAUAACGACCCUCUUGUAUCAUGUUUAACCUUUCCCACUCGAAAAUAUUUCUUAAUGAAAUAUGGCCUUUCCUGACUACAUGACGAUGGUGCUUACUUUGGCUUUGACAUCAAGCUCAUCCCAUUCAUCUCAACAUCAUCAUAACUCGUGACCUUACACUCCAUUACUUUCUGUUAUGUACCCUCACUACCUUAUUAAAUUUUCGUUGAUGGCAAAAAACAGAAGGGUGUGCUGUUUUGUACAUUGCUGUUUGUUUUAAUGUUUGGGGAGCCUUGUUGUCUGAAAAAUGACUAAUCGCGCAAUAAAAUGUCAUUCCACACG